AUGGCAGAUGCCGACCCCUCUGUGACGGACGCCUCCGAACACAAACCCUUGCCUUCCAAAGAGAAAGAAGAGGACGAGAAGAGGAAGCAAGCCGAGCACGAGGCACGGGCGCGCGACGCAAAACGAAAGGAGGAGGAGAAGCGGCGCUUAGAAGAGGAGGCCAGGGAAAAGGAGCGGCUUCAGCGUGAGGAGGAAUCCAAGAAGCUUGCCGAGGCAGAAGCCCGGAAGCGAGAAGAAGAGCAGCGACGGAAGGAAGAGGAGGAACGGAAGCGGAAGCGGAAGGAGGAAGAAGAGCGGCAGAGACGGGAGGAAGAAGAGCGCAAAGCACGAGAGGAAGCGCAAAGGCGACGGCUGCUGGAAGAACAGAAGAAGAAGCGGGAGGAAGAGGAGCGGAGGAGGAAGGAGGAAGAAGAGAAGAGGUUGAAGGAGGAAGAGGAGCGGAAGAGACGACAAGAGGAAGAGCGGUUACGCCGGGAGAAGCUGGAGCGCGAAGCGGCUGAGGAGGCCAGACGCAAACGCGAAGAGGAGGAGAGGAAGGAGCAGGAACGCAGGGAGCGCGCUCUUCGGGAGGAGAUGGAGCGGAGGAGAGCGGCGAAGGAAGCCGACCAACGGCGGAUACGUCUCGAGCAAGAGCGUGCCCGGCUGGCGAAGUUACCACCGGUCUUGCGCUGGCUGGACGGCGCUGUCAACCCGAAGCUGGCCGAGGUAGCAGAGAAGUUCAGCAUCAUGCAGGGCGUUCGAUACGAUUGCAUCAAACCGGAGGCGAACGGAACUCGCGACGGCAGGGAACAGUGGUUACUCAACACGCAGGUAGCCCUGCUUCUCGGGGAGAAGGAUUUAGACCUCUCGCGAUACACUGGCUGGGCUCGGAUACCCGCCUCGCCCGUCGCCAAGCGCGCCAUCUGGCGACUCGAGUCAGAUCGGUAUGCGCUCACAACGCCGAGCCUCUUCGAGCUGGGUGAACAGCUCCAGGGCUACUAUCAAGGCAAUGACCCCCGCCGCCUGGGCUAUCGCACGCUUGAGAGUCUCCGAGCCGAAGCGUGGGAGAAGUUUGCUGCCAUGGACAUGUUUUUCGUCAAGGCCUCCGACUUCUUAUUCAUCAUCCCUACGAUUCAGCAUCUUCGCAACGUAAGGCUUACGAUGGCGUACUGCGAGCUCCCAGAGAACGAGAUGCAGUGCGCAAGUUGGACACCUCGCCAAAAGUGGAGGCACGACCCUGAUGCGGACGGCCUCGGCGGGUUUGCACCGAGCAACAAACACUACAUCAACGGCGAACUUGUCUCGGAAGAUAAGCCGAGCCUCGCAGAGGCGAGCCCAUCGCCUUUCCGGAGACAGCGGCUGUCGCGUCGUGGCUUUGGGGCGGUCUCGCGCGAGAACUCAACCUCGACCAGGCUCUCCAAGGAACAGGGCCUGGACAGCCCAAUGGUCGAUGCUGAGUCGCCAAUUAUGCCGAACGGUGUGCACGCAUCCCCUUCGGGCGCCCCGUCCGAUGCGGAGACAACGGCUGUCAAUGGCCGGAGAUGGCCAACGCUGGUCACGCCAACGACGAAUGGAGCCGGGAACCAUCCAAUCUCCCCAACCUCUGAGGCCGAGGCUACACAGGCUCGGCCGCUAGUCAAUGGCACUCAUGACACGGUUCACAACACCGACUAAGUGGUGUCAGUUGGAGGUUUCUGCGUGAACUCAUGGUGUACUCGGCCCAUCAGUCUCGUUUGUUUCAUGAGACCGCAUUGAGAGAACCAACCGGGGGUGUGCCGGCUUCAAGAAUGAAGUUGGACGCUGCUUUCUCAAGACGUUUCCUUACGGAAGGACCCGGGGGGGGCGGGCCAAAGCGGGGAGAGGCCUGCCCCCUGGAAACCGCGACCCGUGGCCGUCUAGCGGCGUCGUCAUUUGAUUUUCAUCAGAUUACUGGGGAGGAGCGGGUGUUCUUGCUAUAGAUGUACAUACAGUGUUCAUGCGGGUUCGCGUUGGUCCUCACGAUGGAAAUCCUCGCGGUCUGGAGGGUGGUGGGGUAGGGGGCGAGCGCGGCGGUUUUGCCACCAGUUGACGGUGGCUUGGGGCACUCGGUCUUGGUUUGCGUGUGGGUUGAGGUUUCCCAUGUACUUGUACGUAACGUGAAGUAUACGCCAACGAGCAAGCCUCAUGACUAAGCAUCUUAUCGUUC